ACGAAUUUAGUUGUGGCACAAAUAAGGGUGCCCGAGAGGAUUAAACUCCGCUCGUGUCAAUAUAAUAUUACAUGACCAACGAUGUCUGCCACCAGGUACCGUCGGUUCCUUAAACUGUGUGAGGAAUGGCCCCGAGACGAGACCAAGAAGGCGCGGGAUCUGGGGACAUUUCUGCGGCAGAGAGUGGCUUCUGCGUUCCGCGAGGGUGAAAACACGCAGCUUGCAGAUCCAGACAAAUGUGACCAGAUGUAUGAAAGUUUGGCUCGCAUUAAUGGAAAUGUAUACAGACAGCGGUUUCCUCGUGUGAGAGACACAAGUUUUACAGGAGUUACAGUGGAGGAGUGUCGAGUACUUUUGUCAGGCAGUGUGCAGAGCAUGGAUGAGGAAAAGAAGGGUUUAUGGAAGUCGCUAAUGGAGAGAUUCUCCUCCAAAUCACCAGAAGACGGUCCAGAAAAAGCUCCUGAAAAAUAACAUUUUUCUUUUCCAUGCUGCUUGUAUAGAAAUAAAUAUGAACUUUGUGGA